AUGUUUGAUUAUGAAGAAAACGACGAAAGCGGUAAUCAAACGCCCCAAUCACAGUUCAAAACUGAUUUUUCCUUUGUGCUUGUGAACCAAGCUUUACAGUCUGUACGGGAGCGUUUCCAACAAACACAUGAUGUGGCUGUUGUAUUUUUAUUUCUAUUCAAUCAGAAAAGUCUCUUUCAAGCAUACAAAGGCAACACUCUUUUGCUAAAGGUCCAAAAUUUUCACAAUAAAAUGGGUGAUAUAGAUCCAUUUGAAAUGGAGAUAGAGUUGAAGGGAUUUAUUCAUUUAGCUUUGGAAAACGACGAAAAGCUCAAAACUGCAAUACAUUUUUUGAAUUAUAUCAACAACAAUUAUUGCCAGGAAGUGUAUCCCAAUGUCGCUAUUUUACUCUGUGUUUUGUUGAUUUGCGCUGUGACAGCAGUGACUGUUGAAAGAAGCUUCAGUAAAUUAAAACUUAUCAAAAAUUUCCAUCGCUCAACAAUGAUGCAAUACUGGCUUUCUUCUCUAGCCAUGCUCUCAAUAGAAAGCGCCUGUGUCCGGACAAUAAACUGUGACCACCUUAUUGAGGUCUUUGCAGACUCAAAAAUUUGUCAAAAGGAUUUAGUUUAA